UCUUGCACCCUUCUUCCUUCCUUCCUCCCUUUCUUUCUUUAGCCUAAAUCCUCUCCGCGUUUAUCCAUACAGUCCUGAGAAAAAUGCAGAUAUGAUUCGGAGGGCGUAUAAUGCAUCCGUGAUCCACAGGAAUCCUGAAUCCUUGCACCUGAUUGGCUGCUGGCGGCAGCCUCUUGCUGGGAUGGACCUGUUGGAUAAAAGGACCAUUUUCUAAAGGACUCUGGUGUGGUAUAGAGGACCAUGCACUGGGGACCAUCCUGUGAGACGGUUUAGUAAGAAUAAAGGCCUUUCUUGUAUCGCACACAGCAUGACGGGGAAACAGGGUGCUGUGCUGUCGGAAAGUUUAAAUCUGUCGGAGAAAACCUCUCUGGGAGCGAAUGGAGGAACAAACAGCCACCAGCCGAAGAGCAGCGCGCCUCAUCCGCCACCCAGGUGCACCGGCUUCGGCAUCCAGGAGAUUCUGGGGCUGAACAAGGAGCCGUCCGCGGCACUAAGAAGUCCGCUGGGCUGUCUACCGGCCGGAGCGCACCUGAUCGCCGCCAGGUCCCUGCUGGGCCCCGGAGGAAUGGGGAUGGGUGUGGGGAUGGGAUUAAUCGGUCCUGGUGGAAUUCCGUCGUUUUACAGCCAGCCAGCUUUUCUGGAGACGGUGCUGCAGGACGCACAUGAUGUUCACCUGCAGCCCCACAGCAGGUCCGUGGGCCCGCUGGAGACCAGCCAGUCCGCCAGCUCAGACUCGGAGGAUUUAUCUUCAAAUGAACGGAAACUCUCAAAGUCUUCAAUGAGUCAGAGCAAGAAACGCAAGAAAAGACGUCAUCGAACCAUAUUCACCUCGUACCAGCUGGACGAGCUGGAGAAGGCCUUUAACGAGGCGCAUUACCCGGAUGUUUACGCCCGAGAGAUGUUGGCUAUGAAGACAGAGCUGCCUGAAGACAGGAUACAGGUGUGGUUUCAGAACCGCAGAGCCAAGUGGAGGAAGAGGGAGAAGUGCUGGGGCCGCAGCACUGUGAUGGCAGAGUACGGGCUGUAUGGAGCCAUGGUGAGGCACUCCAUCCCCCUGCCGGAGUCCAUCCUCAAGUCUGCCAAGGACGGCAUCAUGGAAUCCUGCGCCCCAUGGCUGCUUGUCCAAGAUGGCUUACCAAUCAACAGACGCAAUUCUAAAUCUGAAUACCCGCAACUCUUUGCAGGGAUGCACAAAAAGUCCUCGGAGGCAGCAGUUCCCCCGCCCACGGGAAAGUGCGACGAGCAGCAGCAGCAGCAGCAGCAGCCGAGCUCUCAGAGGGCAGAGGAAGCUGAGGUCGAGGAGAAGAGGUCCGAGGUCACGUCCACCAUUUCUAAAGAGGAGCUGAGAGAGAACAGCAUCGCUGCACUCAGAGCCAAAGCACAGGAGCACAGUGCCAAAGUGCUGGGGACCGUUUGUCAGGAGAGACUACAGGAGGGGAAACAAGAGAAACAGGCGGCUGAGGAGAAAACUUGCGACCCUGUGAGUCCAGCAGAUAAGGAGAGGAGUCCAUAAAGACUUUUCUGAGGACUGGUGCUCUGUAUGUGUACAGACUAAACCAACAGGUUUUCAUUCCUCCUUGACUCCUCUAAAGCGGCCUGAAACUGGACUUCUUUUGGAAGAACACUGAUCUGGCCUAAACUGACUCUGCACAUAAGAUGCAAAUGCACUUUUUCUGAUUUAUUCCAAACGUAGUUGUUUUUCGCUUACAAACAGCAAAGAAAAUUUGACUGACUGGAAAUAAAACUGUCAACAUUAGUGUAUAUAGAUCCCACAAUUAUAUGUAGCGCAAGACGAGCAACAGUUUAUUAAAAACAACAGUUAGAGCACACUUGAACUUGGACUACAAAUGAACAGUCUCAAGGUCUAUAUUUCAAUCCUGAACAUUUGUUUAUAAAGUCGAUUGUACAGCUCCUAAAUUGUGACGUGUGAGAUCAGAACCACCCCACCGACAGAACUCUUUAAAGAGAAAGAAAGUAUUUGUUCUCUUUUAUCGCGCUGUACAUACUUGAUAUAUUAAUCUCUGGCACUAAGGCACAUUUCGAAAGCUGUUUUCUUCUAGUCUUAAAAAUGUUUGUGUUUUCAUUUGCAGACAUAUGUAUAACUCCAACAUAUAAAGCAUAAAAUAGAAAUCACCUUUUAUUAAAUGUGGCUUUUUGUUGUCUA